UUAUUGUUUUUUAAGUUACAUUGGUGGUCUAGCUGGAAAGCAUCAGAAGAAAUCUAGUUAUUAUAUAGUAACUAAGUAUCUUUCAUUUCAUCCAAUCAAAACUCCUCAUUCUCUCUAGCUACUUCAAAAAAGAGUGUGUUUUUGUGUUUGUGUUGAUCUUGGCAUUGAGGGUGAGAGUGGUGGAAGGAAGGAAGGUGAAACAAGUGUGAAUACUAUUACUGUAUGUCAGUGGAAUAUUACAGUGGAAUUUACUACGGUGAGCUUGCUAAUCCUUUGCAAUGGCCACAGUUGAGGAAAAAACGACGCCUAUUUGUUGUUCCCUCCAAAACAAGAACAAAACUGCUGCAAGUGCAACCUCUCCUAAUGUUCCUCAGCAAAAACAACAGCUACCUUUCAUUUCUGCCGUUGAUUCGCGCCUUGAUCCUCCUCCAAAAUCCGCUUCUUCCAAAGAAUUAAAAGAUAGAAAAGAAACCAUUUCCUUUGACAUAGGUAUUACAGUAAUGGCGAAAGCACAAACUUGCCAUCCUUUGGAUCCACUUUCUGCUGCUGAAAUAUCCGUAGCUGUUGCAACUGUUCGAGCAGCUGGAGCAACACCUGAGGUAAGGGACGGUAUACGGUUCAUUGAAGUAGGCUUGGUAGAACCAGAAAAGCAAGUAGUUGCGUUAGCAGAUGCGUACUUCUUCCCUCCUUUCCAGCCCUCGUUGCUCCCGAGAAUAAAAGGUGGACCUGUGAUUCCAUCUAAAUUGCCACCAAGGAAAGCGAGAUUGGUUGUCUAUAAUAAGAAGUCAAAUGAGACAAGCAUAUGGAUUGUUGAACUUACAGAAGUUCAUGCAACAACUCGUGGCGGACAUCAUAGGGGCAAAGUGAUUACUUCUACAGUUGUUCCAGAUGUUCAGCCUCCCAUGGAUGCUGUGGAGUAUGCUGAAUGCGAAGCUGUUGUAAAGGACUUUCCUCCAUUUCGAGAGGCAAUGAAGAAAAGAGGAAUUGAAGAUAUGGAUCUUGUGAUGGUGGAUCCAUGGUGUGCCGGAUAUCAUAGUGAAGGUGAUGCUCCAAGCCGCAGACUUGCUAAACCACUGUUCUUUUGUAGGACUGAGAGUGACUGUCCUAUGGAAAACGGCUAUGCUCGUCCGGUGGAAGGAAUACAUGUACUUGUCGAUAUGCAAAAUAUGGUUGUCCUUGAGUUUGAAGAUCGUAAGCUUGUUCCCCUUCCACAGGCUGAUCCAUUGAGAAAUUAUACUUCUGGUGAAACACGGGGAGGAGUUGAUCGAAGUGAUGUGAAACCCUUACAGAUUAUUCAGCCAGAUGGUCCAAGCUUUCGUGUCAAUGGAAACUUCAUUCAAUGGCAGAAGUGGAACUUUCGUAUUGGAUUCACUCCUAGGGAGGGUUUGGUUAUUUAUUCAGUAGCUUAUAUUGAUGGAAGUCGUGGCCGAAGGCCUGUGGCCCACAGAUUGAGUUUUGUUGAGAUGGUUGUCCCUUAUGGAGAUCCAAAUGAUCCUCAUUAUAGGAAAAAUGCUUUUGAUGCCGGGGAAGAUGGCCUCGGUAAAAAUGCUCAUUCACUCAAGAAGGGCUGUGAUUGUUUAGGCUAUAUCAAGUACUUCGAUGCACACUUUACAAACUUUUAUGGAGGCGUUGAAACAAUUGAGAAUUGUGUUUGCAUGCAUGAAGAAGAUCAUGGUAUGUUAUGGAAACAUCAAGAUUGGAGAACAGGUUUGGCUGAAGUUCGACGGUCUAGAAGGUUGACAGUGUCUUUUAUAUGCACUGUUGCUAACUAUGAGUAUGGAUUUUACUGGCACUUUUAUCAGGAUGGAAAAAUAGAAGCUGAGGUCAAGCUCACAGGAAUUCUCAGUUUAGGUGCAUUGCAACAAGGUGAAACUCGAAAAUAUGGCACAACUAUUGCACCUGGCUUAUAUGCGCCUGUCCACCAACACUUUUUCGUUGCUCGUAUGGACAUGGCCGUUGAUUGCAAGCCCGGUGAAGCAUUUAAUCAGGUUGUUGAGGUGAAUGUCAAAGUUGAAGAGCCGGGAAAGAAUAAUGUUCACAACAAUGCAUUUUAUGCCGAGGAAAAACUGCUUAAAUCAGAAUUAGAAGCAAUGCGUGAUUGUGACCCUUUAUCUGCUCGUCAUUGGAUUGUUAGGAACACGAGGAGUGUGAACCGGACUGGGCAUCUAACGGGUUACAAACUAGUUCCUGGUUCGAAUUGUUUACCUUUAGCUGGAUCAGAGGCUAAGUUUUUAAGAAGAGCAGCUUUCUUGAAGCACAAUCUAUGGGUUACUCCUUACGCACGCGACGAAUUGCAUCCUGGUGGAGAGUUCCCUAAUCAAAAUCCCCGCGUUGGAGAGGGUUUGGCUACUUGGGUUAAGCAAAAUCGACCAUUGGAAGAAGCUGACAUAGUUCUCUGGUACGUAUUUGGGGUGACACACAUUCCUCGAUUGGAAGACUGGCCUGUUAUGCCCGUGGAACACAUUGGUUUUAUGCUUAUGCCACAUGGAUUUUUCAAUUGCUCACCAGCAGUAGAUGUUCCACCAAGCCCAGGUGAUUUGGAUGAUAAAGAGAAUGGAAUGCCUGCUAAGCAUAGUCAGAAUGGUUUAAUUGCCAAGCUUUGAAAGCUCCAAAAGCAGAGAUAUUCAGGCUCAUUAAGCUUCUUUAUGUGGAAUAAGUGGUUCUUCAAAAUUAAAAUUGAAUAAGUGGUUCUAUUCUACCUAAUUGAACAUUUAAUAUUGCUGCUCGUCUUAAUUAAUCCAUGGUGGUGUGUAACACUGGUUAUUUAAAAACAGUUUAAUGUGUAAUUUGUUUGUAUAUAGAUGUAAUUCUCUCUCUUAAUCCAGUGGUAUAUAUCCUACUACACCAUAAUGUUGGAUAAUGUGAUCAA